AUGCCCCACGGUACACGGAUUGCUCGGCAGUACAACGUCGCGAAGUUGCCUGACGUCCUUGGAAAAGCCGAUGAACUUCGGACCGACUACCUCAUGCACCACAGGAUUGAGGACGCAAUGCAGAAGUUUGACUCAAGCCACGAGAUCGGCGCCAGGCUCCCCAAGCUCGGUGAGCGUGUGCUCCCCGCCCCCCUUCCUGUCGGGGAAGCGCUUGUCGACGCUCUCUUGCCCACGACCAUUAGGCGUCGAAAGCAGGACUUUCUGACCAGACCCGAGAACAAGAACUGUCUGAUUCGCACGUAUCUUGGCCGGCGUCACACGACCAAGGCGCAGAACAGAAUCCAGAACCUGAAACUACAGAACUUUCCCCUCCACGUCAAUGAGAUGGAGCAGCUGGGCCUCGACACAGCCCAUUUUGCGAGCCUCAUGGCCAAUAAUUUGGCCAUCGUUCACUGUGGUGCAAUGGUUAACGGUAACGAUGUCGAGUUUAUCUUGGGAAGCUCUCCCGCCCAGAUCAGACGUGUGCCCCCGGAGGAAGCUGAGGUCAUGACCUCGCGGCAGAUGUGCGACGCCAUCAAAUUCGAAUUCAACCACCGGGCCAUGGCAAUGUGGCUAAUCGACUUCAAUCAGACGAUCAAGGCGGCAUCGACAAGCUUGCCAAGGCUUUCCAUCUUCAAUGCCUCUUACUACCCUCGACAAAACCAGCCGGACGAUCUCGAUAAGGAGCUUUGGGGUAUCUUUCGCAAGGCCUACCUCGACAUGAGCCACAGGGUCACUGAGAGUUCCGGCCCCGACACAUUUAUUGCACGCGUGGAGAUGGAGAGGAAGGAGGAGAGUAUUGAUAACCUUUUCUAG